AUGCCUACCUCCUAUGAAUGGGCGACGGCGCUCUUCUGCUUCUCCAUUACCUUGGCUGCAGCCCACCCAGAAAUCCUCUGGACUGACUGUAGCGAGCACGUUCCACCCAGCGAUGUUUUCAAUGCCACCGGCGUUGAUCUUCAACACCUCCCCUCGACGCUCAAAUGCGGCCGGCUUGUUGUGCCAAUGGAUUACUCCAAGCCACUAAGCGAGAGCAACAAUAUCACUCUGGGUCUGGCUAUGCACCGACCGGUUCAGCCAAAAGGCGUUAUCUUCUUCUGUCCAGGUGGCUCGGAUAAUGCAGUCGUACACGCGUGGAAUCUUGCACUCAACAUUACCUCCCCAUUCAUUCCUGAUUUCUCGGACUUGACAGACUACGACUUGAUGAUGAUGGAUAUUCGUGGCACCUACAGCUCCAAUCCCCUGAACGUUUCGCUGGACACAGUUCUGCCCUUGUUCAACCCCUACCCGACGUCUCAGGAUGAAUUUAAUACUGCGAAAGAGAUUGCUGCCGCUGCCAUACAGUCGUGGGUCGAUUCAAGUUCGCCUCCGGGAAUCGUUGGGCAUGUCGGCACACGAGAGGUUGUUCAGGACUACAAUCAGAUCCGUCAGGCCCUAGGCUACGAGAAAAUCCACUUUAUCGGCGCUUCUUAUGGGAGUUAUCGAGCUUUACAGUUCGCUCAAACAUAUCCCCAUUCUGUGGGCCGCUUUGUGCUGGACGCGGUGGUGCCGCACGGAGUUUGUCCUGCUCAGCAAGCCGAACAUGAGAUGGCGGCCGCAAAUCGGGUCUUACUAAGAGCAGAUGCAUAUUGCCAGAACAACUCGUCGUGCCCCUUCAGUGGUGCAGGCAAAGGCAGUGUUCCAGAAGCAUACCGUGAAAUCAUUAAGACAGCCUCCAACUCAUCUAUCGACACUGUCUGGGCCAUUCAAGCAACCAUCACCGGGCUGCUCCAAGAUCAGCCUGACUUUCCUCAGAUUAUUGACUUGAUUGCCGCGUUGUCGAUGAAUAUCAGCGCCUUAGACGCUUUGCCUCAACAAGCAUUGACGGCCGGGAGCAUUGUUGCUUAUGUUCUGGAGUGCGGUGACUCUCCUUUGACCACAACGUUUUCUGGGUUUCAAAAAUCUUUGAACGCUGGUCUAGCGGACGAAGGGCUGACCAAGAUUGAUGAUAGCUUGAUACCAACAACUUCGGUCAAACAACAACUUGUCCAGCUUGCUUGUUCAGCUUGGCCGUUCGACACAACGCCAUUGGUACCAAUCCGCACGGAAAUCCCCAUGCUGGUCGUCACGGCGGAUUUCGAUGGCAGCGCACCAACAGAAUGGACCACGCUGACAAUGCCCGACAUUCCGAAUGGUCAUCUGGUUGUUCGGCAUGGCGAUGACCAUGUUUCAUUCAACCUGCCCGCUCAAUCCUCGACCGCGAUCGCGAAGCGCUUCUUGCGCACUGGAAUCUUGCCGGGCCAUUCCAACAAUACGUUUGUGACCGUCUAUGCCUCGCCUGUCAAGAGAGGUCCAAUUGCCGACCCUUACAGCGUCCCAACUGGGUUUCAGGAUGGUGAUGUGGAUAGUGCAUGA